CCCCCUGGCGGUCCCAGGGGCUCUACUGCGGUCCCCGCGUCGGUGGGGCGCGCGAGCCGGCGGUGCGGGCGGAGCGCGGGAGCGGAGAGGCGCUCUGGAGCCGGCCGAGGCGGAGGCUGCUGUGCGGCCCGAGGCGCCCGAGGACGAUGAGGACGAAGAGGAGGCGCUACCGCACUCCGAGGCGGUGGACGUGUUCCAGGAGGGUCUCGCCAUGGUCGUGCAGGACCCGCUGCUCUGCGAUCUACCGAUCCAGGUGACUUUGGAAGAGGUCAAUUCCCAAAUAGCACUAGAAUAUGGCCAAGCAAUGACAGUCCGAGUGUGCAAGAUGGAUGGAGAAAUAAUGCCUGUGGUUGUGGUACAGAACGCCACAGUCCUGGAUCUGAAGAAGGCCAUUCAGAGAUACGUGCAGCUCAGGCAGGAGCGUGAAGGGGGCAUUCAGCACAUCAGCUGGUCCUAUGUGUGGAGGACCUACUACCUGACCUCCGCAGGAGAGAAGCUCACAGAGGACAAGAAGAAGCUUCGAGAUUACGGUAUCCGGAAUCGGGAUGAGGUGUCCUUCAUCAAAAAGCUGAGGCAAAAAUGAACCUCCAGACGAGGACAGCUCUGUGCUGGUGGCCUGUACCCAGCUGGGACACAGCUGAGCCCUAGGUCCAAACAACCGAAUGAUGGGGCAAAUGGGCCUGGCCCUGUGUACAAAAUAAAUCUACUUGCUU